AUGCUGGCAGAGGGCAGACAGGCGCCUGUGGCGGCCGCCGCCGUUGUGCACGGUCCCGGCGGACAGGAGCAGACGGAGCCGUGCCCGCGCAGCGCUCUGCUCGACCAAAGCCGGCGGCAUCGGACAGCGUUCACGCGCGAGCAGCUGUCCCGGCUGGAGCAGGAGUAUGGCAAGGAGAGUUACGUCUCUAGACCCCGGCGCUGCGAACUGGCCACAGCUCUAAACUUACCGGAGACAACGAUAAAGGUGUGGUUCCAGAACAGGAGGAUGAAGGACAAACGACAGAGACACUCCUUGCCGUGGCCUCACCCUCUUGUAGACCCCCUGGGGGCGCUCCUGAUGGGCCGGGCAUCUCCUUCCUCCACCCUGCCGUACCCCUUCAUCCCGCCGCACCUCCCACACCUCCCCCUCCACCACCACUACCCCCUGGCUCUCUCCUCACCAGCAUCCUCAGCUCACCGCUGCUACAGUGCACCCAUGAGGACCCUGGAUGCACUCCGCCUCUCCCAGUACCACAACAGAGCAGGGGGGCUGCCUCCAACCACAGCAGCCCUCUACCCCUCCACCAGCGUUGUGCACCAUCCCGCCUCAUGUCCCUGCCCCCUCUGCCUGCACUGGGGACCAGAACAACUGCUAAAAGCCAGGGGGCAGGCACUGGGACUGAGCCAGCCACGUAGUCCCAAGGGCAACAUACCGCCUGCAGGUCUGGAGCGGAGAGAAGAGAUGGUGUAAACAAACGAGGCAGAAAAUACAUCAAACUAAAUCUAGUUUUUCACACUCUCCAAGGCUGUCAAACUGCUGUCACAUGGCUGCUGCAAGCAAAUAACUGUAUACUCACUGUGAGUUCAAUGGCUUGCCGCAACGACAAUACACUAAAGAGUUUCACGAACUAGAAACACAAUUCAUAGGUCUUAUCUUAAACAUGCCAGUCACACUGCUGAUUAACUGUAGCCAACUGUUUAUUAGGUGAUACAAAAUUGCUGUGCAGUUAUUUCAGCAAAUUCAGUUGGUCAGCCUAAAAACAAGCCUUUUCAGAAGCAUGCCCAGCAUGCCAAAUUCAAUUGAUUUUAUGUACACUGGCAGCCCAAGGAUGCAUUCAGAUUCAACACCGAGUAAAUGUUUGUCUUGCUUUAUUUUCAUGACUUUGACCACUAGACUGUAGCUACAGUCUGUGUUUAUUUGCCCCAAACAACAAAUCCAUCAACUGAGCAAAUGUUAGCAGCUCAGACUUUUUUGUGCAUUCAUACAGAGGGGUCAUACAGCCUGGGUUUCAAGAGCAAAGUUUUCACUCCAGUUGAAAUGUUUUCAACUCCCAUGGAUGCCACUUUAAUUCAGUUUGUGUCACCUUUUCCACUGAAAAGCUUUGCAUUCAGUCUGACCACUCCUUAACACUAAAAAUUUUGUUUUUGCUGACCUCCAAUGGUUUAACUUCUCACCAUGCUGCAAACUAUUUACUCGUGUUAGGUUACAAUUUUAGCCUAUAGUAUACUUACUGCAAACAUCAAUAUAAUAGCGUUGUACAAAAGCAUUAAGUGUAAACUAUGGUUAAAGGUUUUACCAUGAUUUAAAAAUACUCUUUUUCUGUAGAAUUUUUUGUUUGAGCUUCUGUUUUUUUGGCAUAUGCUCUCACAUAGUAUCUUACCACUUGGAGAAGAUAGCUUUGUUUCAGUAAAUUUGAUAGUCUUCAGAACAUGCAAACAUUCCUGCAGUUAUUUAUCCAAGAAAAGGGAGUAGAUGUUAGCGAGAAAUGCCGGUAAAUCCCAGGAUCUUUCAACCGUCUGCAAAUUGUUACCAUUUAGUGGUGUGGUAGUGUUGCCUUGAAGGAAAACUGUCUUCCAUUCAUCUUCUGACUCACUGCCUUUGAUUCCAUUUCCAUACUGACACCUGGUGGUCAGCUCUUUAGAAUGAUGGGCUGUUAGAGCAUUUCUGCACUUUAGCGUAAACCAAACACCUUCUAAAUCCUCAGAUUUGUCACUUUUCUCUACAGGCAUUGUUGUUUUCUGACAUUCUUUGACCAACCAGUAAUGUUUUCCACUGCCAUGGAGUGCAAAGACACAGAUUGUGCAUAACCACAAUACGUGUGCACAUAGCAGUCUGUGGCAGUGUGUCUGUUUGACUGGAUUCAGAUUAGGUGAAGAGGAAAGAAGAUGAAGAAAAAAGAAACACAACGGGACAUUUUGAAGUCAGUGUCUGUAAAAGCACAAUUGCACCGAGUGAAGACCUUAAUGUACAUAAUAUGGUGUUGGAGUUGGUUUUCAUUGUUUUCUCUGCUGUAACACUAAUGACUACUGCUUUUAUUUAUUUGUACAACUGACAUAUUUGGCAACUUCAUAGCAAGUAGAGACAACAAAUUCAAUUCCUAGGAAACUAGAGGCUGAGUAGUUGUGAACAUCAGAGUUUCAGGCAUUGUAUGAUCAUGAUAGAAUGCAUUUAUUGACAGAACUGAGCGCACAGAGUGUAUUUAACCCUUGUGUUGUCUUCUCGUCGACCAUUAACUUGUCCUUCUGGAUCAAAACUGAAAACUUUUUUUGGCCCUUUUUCUAACGUUUUGGUUGUUUUUGUCACUUUUUUUUUUAAUUCAUGGUCAAUAAACCCAAUCUAAAUCACAUUAUACCUAAUUUUUUAGUUUAAACAAAGCAGAUAUUAUGAAUUAUUUUGAAUAAUAGUUAAGAUAGGAUAGGAUGCUGAGUGAAUCACAGAUGGGUUUAUGUCAAAGUUUAGUCAGGAUACUGUUUUAAAACCAUUUAAAAAAGAAAUUAAAUGCUAUUAAAUAUAACUAA